CUACCGGGUAUUAGUAUAUUUGUUAAUAUAUUUCUCAUGCAACGUCUUCCAGAAGCGACAUGGAUCCGGCUUGCAGUAUGGAUGGCAAUAGGCUUUCUCAUAUAUUUCUCGUAUGGCUGUUGGAACAGUCUUGAACCGAUUUCCAUGACAACCUUUCCCUCUCUUCCCUACAACUUCACCCUCAUACUGAGAUUGAUGAACUAUUUGAUGAUAUUGAGACAGAAAUUAAUGUUUAUGUUGAUCAUACCUCUGAUGAAGACGACAGAUAAUCUUCCGCUUGGGUUAGCAAUUUACUUUUUGUAUGCAAUCAGGGACUUAGAAAAUCGGUCACUGACACAUUCCCCGAUUACGAGGUGAAAUAUGAAAAGAAAGGAAGCGCAGGCCAAAAGAUGAAACAAGAUGCUGAAAAAGUAACGCUGAUAAAUGAAAAUACGAAUUUGCUAUUAGGUCGUAGAGAAAGUAAUGCUGAUGGCUGGACAAACACACUUUGAGGACAAAGGGACAGUAAUGUUGUUUAAUGAGCACACAAAACUUUGCUUUGAAAUCAAUUCAUUUACAUUAUACCUGAAAUUAAAUCUAUAGAUAAAAUCUAUGAAAUUUCUAAAUGCUAUUUUACAAAACUUUAUGAUUUGUUUUAAAUAUUUUGCUGCUAUCAUCACUAUGUCACGCAUACAGUAAAGUAACAUGAUAGAAAUAAAAUGUUAUUGUGA